CACCUCUCCGUUGCACCUGCGACUGAAAAACAUUUACCUGGGCACAGUGGGCGGUGCGUGAGGAGAGGGCAGCGACAAGAGGUGCCACUUUUAUGCCGAAGCCGAGUCAGUCUCGUUGUCUUUGUAGCUGCUCAGCGGGAGCGCAGGUGUGUAGCACGUGACUGUGGUUGGUAGGAGCAAUAUUAUAGGGACAGAAGAGUGACGAGCGGCUCCCUUGUACCUGCACUGCUGCACCGGGUCCGUGUAUAGUGGGGAAGAAUGCUUUGUGAUGCUGUCGCUCGGAUUGUGUGUGACUGCUGCUCUCGCUGACACCUGUCUCCUGUCCUCCCCUGGGAAACACAAGCUGCCCGCCAAACAGUCUGUUGCUGUGGAACACUGAGUGUGGUCGACCAAAGGAAGGAAGUAACAUUGUUGAUCUGGUCACGUCUCAUCGAAGGAAAGGGAUAUCAUGGCAGACAGUGCCACAGAGAAAAAUCCCGGCGGUAACUGGUGGAAAUCACUUACUGUACGUAAAAAGCCCAAGGAGGUCUCUGUGUAUAAUACGCCAGUUUCAGUUGAGACAACAGAAGACAGAACUUGGGGAGUCGGAAGUGGAUCUCUGAGCUCGUCUCCAGGCUCCAGAGAGAACCAGCACCCAAACUCUAUAUCUGCUGCAGGCCCAGAACACUGUAGUGAUGCCAAACAAGAUAAGAUGUUCAAUGAGAAGACUGGUCGCAGGAACCUAAAAAUCUCUCGCUCAGGACGCUUUAAGGAGAAAAUGAAGGUGCGUGCUUGUUUACCAGAGAGUCCUAAGUUCUUUCAAGAAAACCCAUCAAAUGCAAAUGAUGAGCGGCAGUGAUAAUAAAAAAAGGCCAUUUAUAGGGCCACUGUAUACAAGGACUGCGCACUCACGCAAUGAGCUAACAAUGGAUAUUAUUUUACCUUUGGGCAAUUUUCCCAGAACCAGGAAACCUCUUGCUCUCUGAAGGGAAAAAAUGAUGGAUUUCUUAAUGUUAAAACAUUCACCAUGCCUUAAAUCCACUCAACUUUUGUGUGCCUUGUUUUAUAAUGUUUUGUUCUAUUUGUCAAGAGACUAAAGCACAAUAAGAAACCUUUAGAGUGAAGCUCCUUCAUGAAUAUGUUUUGUCUCUGGAACCAGAACAGAAAAAAAUGUUUCCUAAAGAAUAUUUAUAAUUUUAAAUAAUGAAGAAUAAUUUAAGUUUGCGUCUGUAGAUAUUCUAAUAAUGUGCUGCUGGCAAAUUAUAAUUGUACUAUGCGAUUAUUUUCAUCCCCGGUCUGGUGAUGGUUAAAUGGUUUAAUAGAUGAAGAAUAUGGUAAGUUAAUAGCAAAAUAAAGUGUGUAUAUUAUAUAUAUAUAUAUAUAUAUAUAUAUAUAUAUAUAUAUAUAUAUAUACACAAACUCUUUUUUUUUUUUUUUUUAUUGGGCUGAAAUGAGGUCUGCAUUUGAUGUACUACGUUUUUCGCACUACAGUGGGUAUCAUUGACAUGACGUAGUUGUGGUCAACAGAAGGACCAGAUUUGCAAGGGCUAAAAUUAACACACAUUUGUUUCCCAUGGGAAGAAUUAAAUCUAAGUGUCAAAUUGCAUAUUGUUAAUAUUUCAUGAGUUAAAUAUUUAUUUCUUGAAACAAGAGUUGCCUUGUUAUACCACUGAUAUUAUUUUUACACAUGUCAAUAAAAAUAAAUCUAUGGAGUUAAA